UGAUCUGCAGUGGUUUUACGGACAAUAAGAACUCUGUUUCAUAAAUACGGGAAGUGUGGGAAAAUCGUCGAAGAACUUCUACAUUUCAGAAGGUAACUAUUCUUAGUUAGGCCACGGCAAAAUGUUGUUUCAAAUACCAGAUAAUACAUUGCAACUUUUGUUAAGGAAUCCUACAUGUAACUGAAGUAUUGUACUUUUACAAUACAAUGCUUCCGACAGAAACGCAGCAGUUUGAUAUAAUCAUUUAAAUAUGAUCAUCUUUUUGGGACUAGGAUUGUCCCACAGCUAAAUUCAACUUUUACUAAACAUUUUUUUGUACAGACUCUCCUACAUCACCUCAUUUUUCAGUUUUCAAUCUUCAAAUGGUAUGAGACCUCCUUUGUUUCUUUGUUUUCUUAAAGAAAUCAUAGUACGCAAGCCUUAUGUAAAUCUUGCUGACACUUUUUGUUCGGCACACGAGCACUACGACCUCUUAAGCUAAUCUGCUAAGAAAUCCAUAGUUUGCAUAGAAUUCCAUUGAAACCUUUCGCAACUUACAAUGUUUUCGUCCCCUCUUUUCUGUUGAACACCAAUGAGGUCUUCAAAAGUGAGCCACUUCUUAGAUUACUAAUCUGCUCUAGGUUAAACUGUCUAUUGUUUGAAAUCUGAAUCUGUCGUUCUUCUAACUCUAGACUUACACGUUACAAGCCAUGAAGGGGCUUUUUACGCUGCUGAGCGUUCUCACGCUUGGACUGGGUGAGGAAAUAACAGUGAAAUUGGAUCAUCAGUGGCCAAACGGAUUCAAAAUGAAGUUUAAGCACGUGAUGACACAAGAAGUAAGGGGCGGCUGGAAAAUGACGCUGAAGUUUUCGAAAUCAGUUGGUCGGCUGCAGUUCCCGAAUGCAGAAGAAAUUUCUUCAGAUAAAGAGAACAAGGUUUUUUGCCUGAGAAAUCGUCAGUACAAUGCGAACCUCAAUGCUGGACAAAUGCUGGAAAUGGAUUUUAUCGGUGAAAAAGCGAAAGCCAACGAAGCGGCUCCAUCAGCUACCCUGGAAUUACACCCGGGAAGAAAUGCCAAAUGUGACAUGACUCCACCCCCGACGAUCCACCCUCCCGGAGCCACCCCUCCCGUGCAAGAAAUAUCCAAGGCAGUUAUGUUUGAAGAGUGGCCAAAUGGCUUUAAAAUGAAUAUCAGCAUUACUAUGAAGCAAAAGGUCGAAGGUGGAUGGACAAUGACCCUAACUUUUCCUAAACCUGUCAGGGUGUUGCAGACGCCAAAAGCAAAACGAAAGUGGCGAUCUAAGGACCGCAUGAUCUACAUAUUAGAAAAUCGACAACACAACGCGUUCAUUGACAGAUGUUCAAAGCUCGAGAUGAUUAUCAUAGGGAGGAAGAGAAUGAACUCUGAAGCACCAAAAGAAGCUGACAUAGAAUUUCGUCGUAAAGAAAACUGGGAAGCUGGAGGAGGCGAAGGGGAAUGUCUUUCUACUACUACUCAACCACCCACAACCACAGAGCCACCCAAUACAACAGAGCCACCAACUACAACAGAGUCACCCACUACAACAGAGCCAUCAACAACCACGGAGCCACCAACCACCACAGAGCCACCCACUACCACAGAAUCACCGUCCACCACAGAGCCACCCACAAACACAGAACCACCAACCACUACAGAGCCACCGACUACCACAGAGCCACCAACAACCACGGAAACGCCGACUACAACAGAACCACCAACAACCACAGAGCCACCAACAACAACAGAACCACCAACAACAACAGAGCCACCCACUACCACAGAGCCACCAACAACCACAGAGGCACCAACCACUACAGAACCACCUACAACCACGGAGUCACCAACCACAAGUUCUCCUCCUUUAUACAACUAUGACGAAGUCCUUCACAACUCCAUUUUGUUCUAUGAAGCUCAGAGAUCAGGUAAGCUUCCCCCUUCCAACCGUGUUCCUUGGAGGAAAGACUCCGCGCUGAAUGAUCGCGGAGAUAGCGGUGAGGAUCUGACCGGUGGGUGGUACGAUGCAGGAGAUCAUGUAAAGUUCGGUUUUCCAAUGGCUUUUAGUGUUACCAUGUUAUCUUGGGGCUUAGUGGAGUAUAAGGAUGCUUACGAAGAUGCUGGUGAGCUUAAUUACAUGUUAGACUGCAUUAAAUGGCCCUUGGACUACUUCAUCAAAGCACACACCAAAAAGAAUGAGUUCUAUGGUCAGGUGGGUCGUAAAUGAUAGUCAUAUCUAUAUUUGCUGAUAAUUUGUUACGUCGAAGCAUAAAUGAGUUUAUUUAAUAUAUACAGGGUGUUUCAAAAGGUCGUUCCGAUUUUUUAUUCGCUUAAAUUUCACUAGUUAUUAAAAAAUACCUUUUCUAAAACUUAGUAUGUUAUUCAUUAUUCAUGUAACAUUGAAUAACUAAAAUAUUAGUAACCAGAAUUUCUUCCUGUAUGUUUUCUGACAAUUUCUAAGCGGUGAGGUAUAGAAUGUACGAGCUACCGAAGCGUGUCCAAAGCCACAUUCUUCCAGGCGAAGCGUAGUCACUGUCUUAGCUCAUCCAGUAUUUUGGGGGCUGGAUCUUUGUAUGUUGUCUCGUCUACGAUAAUCCAGAUGGUCUCUAGGGGGUUCACAUCAGGUGAGUUUACCGGCCGGUCCUCCUUUGGUAUAAAGUUGGCAAAUCCUUCUGACACCAUGCUUGCAUAAAGUGUGCACCGCUUUUUUCUCUUCAAGGCUCUCCAACUUUUUUUGGUAACAUAUCCCCAUACCGUUGUGCCCGAAACUUUGAUUGAUAAUGUGAAGUUGAAAUUUUUUUACCUUCCUGUUUUGAGGAAUUAUUACGCAUAUACUUACAGCUUUUUCGAUAAGAUUUCUCAUACAUUUUGAGAAAAAACGGCCAUCCACUCAUGCUUGGUUUGUUUUCUAAGGUCUUUACUUUUGUCCACUUCUUCGGUCAUCGUUCAGACUUCUUCAACAAUUUGAAUUGGCUUUUUUUUUUUUCGACUGAAUGGCCAGAGGACCAUAAAAAUAGAUGCCUGAUCUCUAGCACUGAACAGUGUAGGCCUUCAUUUUCAUGAAGGAAUAGAGAAAAUAAAAGAAAACGAUAAGAACACCAAAAUAGAAAACCUACGAAAUGGCAGGAAAAGUAUGGCGGGAAAAACCUUGCGUACGUGUACAGUUCGGACAAAAAUAAAAAAAAAUUAUAAUUUCUUCAAAUUUUAGUUUGAAAUUGCUUUGAACGGUUAUUUAGAUAAAUUUCUUACCUGAAUCAGUUUACAUUUGCCGAAAGAAGUAUCAAAUGCUUUGCUCAAAAUACAAUUUACAAUCGGAACGAACUUUUGAAACACCCUGUACUGACUUAUUUGCUUGUUCACUUUAAACCUGUGUAAGCAAGCCUUAAGCUGACAUUAGAUUGUUCGAAUAGAUGUGAAUUUGGUCAAUAGGCUUUCGAUAUUAUAUAUAUAAGGGGCAAGACGUUUUGAUGCCUUAAAUGCAAGAAUCGCAGAAUUUAAAAUCUAACGUAGUUAGUCAUAUUAUUUUACAAUGGAACGUUGUUCGUGUGAAAAAGAAGGAAGGCGCCACUGAUGCCAGGCUAAUUUGAAGCAUUAAUUUAACUGCUUCUGUAAUCAGGUUGGUGAUGGAAAUGCUGACCACGCUUACUGGGGCAGACCCGAGGAUAUGACUAUGGCUCGACCCGCCUUCAAAAUCACUCCACAGAAACCAGGCUCGGAGCUGGCUGCGGAAACGGCUGCUGCCAUGGCGGCAGCCUCUAUUGCCUUUCGAUCUACAAAUAUCGGAUAUUCCAUGAAUCUUCUACAACACGCUGCAGAUUUGUACGACUUUGCUGAUACCAAUCGCGGAGUGUACAGUGACUCCAUUCCAAAUGCUGCCAGUUUCUACCGCUCGUUCAGUGGUUACAAGGACGAACUCGUUUGGGCAGCUGCUUGGUUGUACAGGUAAGCCUUCAGGUCAACGUAAAAUACAAUAUUUCUCUUCAGAUUUAAAGAUAAAGACAAGCCUUGACGUGAUUAGUCGUCCACUAUCGUAGCACUUAAACAUCUGUCCCCAGUUGUUCAAACGAUGGACAGUCAGGUUAUUCACCCGAUAAAUCACUGUCCAGUGGAAACGUAUUAGGGAAACCAAUUGCGUUAUCCAGUGGAUAGCGUUAUCCACAAAUAUAUUUUCAAAACAACUGGGACGUGAUUCUGAGCUUGAUGUUUUUUCCUUCGUUUCUAGUAUUUUUACCGCCCUCCCUCUUAUUCGGACUGAUAUUGGCUAUCCCCAGACACAAAUAAUGCUUUGAAAAGUUUCUUUUCCCUGCUCAUUUUCAAAAAGUUAUAUAAAAGAUCAAGGUUACAGUGUCUGUCGAAAGCAUAUGCAUAUAUCAUUAAAAAAUGGUAAAGGCGAAAUAUUUUUAAUUUAAACAGCAGUGGUCACCUGAUGUUACUGGUAUGUAGCCCGACCCUUUAUAAUGAAACGAUAACAUAACGAGGCCCUAAAUAAAUUACCCCACAAAAAAAAACAUACAAUGCAACAGUUAUCAGAUAUAGCCAAGUGCCAAGGAAUAGGGGUCCUGUUUCAAACACUUUUAUCACUUUGACCUGUACCAGAUAUCUAAGGAGCAAAAGCUAAGACCCUUUUACGUAUUAGAAAAAGUAACCCCCUCUACUGUUAGCAACUUAUGCUUCUUAAAUUGAAAUCCAGAGCUACUAAUGAUGCAAAGUACCUCACGAAAGCAGAACAAUAUUACUCAAGUUUUGGAAUGGGUGGAAAACCCUGGACAUUUUCUUGGGAUGACAAGAAAGCCGGAGUGCAGCUCCUUUUGGCAGAAAUCACACAGAAAGCUUCAUACAAACAGGCCGUGGACACCUUCAUAACAAGUGGGCUUCCAAAUCACGAGGUUCAUUACACACCAAAGGGCCUUGCGUGGCGCGAUCAAUGGGGUCCAAACCGUUACGCGGCCAACACAGCUUUCCUAGCACUGGUCGCCGCUGACAAUGGCAUUAAAACUGCCGCAUUCCGUGAGUUUGCCAGGAAGCAAAUUCACUAUAUGUUGGGUGACAGUGGGCGCAGUUUCAUGGUGGGCUUCGGUAACAAUCCACCAGAGAGACCACAUCACCGCAGCAGUUCAUGUCCUCUCUCCCCAGCCCCUUGCACAUGGGACAACUUCAAUAGCCCAGCUCCCAAUCCGCAGACUUUGUAUGGCGCGCUAGUCGGAGGCCCGGGCAAGAACGACGAGUACGUGGACAACAGAAAGGAUUUUAUCAAGAACGAGGUGGCUACUGACUACAACGCGGGUUUCCAGUCCGCAGUUGCUGGCCUUAAACACUUGCUGCUAGCAGGAGAUUGAAAGGAAAGCUUUCAGUCCGUUCUUGAUGGUAGUUCUAUGUUGCCAUUAAUAAACCCGUAAAGAGAAUGUAUUAAAUAAGUGAACAUGAUAAUAAAGUCUUCUUGAAUACUU